AUGGAUGAAUUAAGCAAAUUAUUUGUGGCUUAUUUAAGAUCGUCUGGGGUUCAUACAAAAAUAAAUAAAGAACUCGAAAAGAUGUUGUUAAACACAAAUCAGGUCACUGAUAUUGGAAUAAAUAGUAAAGGUAUACCGAUAGGGAGUUGGGGAGGUUAUGUCGGAGAACUUUUUUGCAAAACUUUUGAUGAAUUAUAUUCGGCAAGAUUGUCGGGUCUUCUUGAUUUUAUGCGUAUACCAGAAGAAGUAUUGAUAGAGAAGAAAGUAAAAAUAGCUCCUUUAGAAUAUAAUAAAUAUAAAACGUAUGCCAAAGUUUAUAGAACUUAUGGAAGAAAAAUUUAA